AGGAAAACUACCUUCGGGCUGGGCUCCCGGAUGGGUGCUCCUCUUUUAAGGCCGACUGCGCAGAUAAAUCAAUAACAAAGCUCUACUCUACGAUCCUCUCUAUCACCAUGGUUCAAGCCAAGAUUUACUACGAUGCUGACGCUGACCUCGGUCUUCUGAGUGGCAAGACUAUCGUCUUCCUUGGAUUUGGAAAUCAAGGCUCUGCACAAGCACAGAACCUGAGGGACACUGGUAUUCCCAACGAGCAGAUCAUUGUCGCGAACCGCGUGGACUCGUAUGCUGAAAGCGCGAAAGCAAAAGGCUUCAACGUUGAACAUGACUUCUCCAAGGCAGCCUCUGUCGCUGACGUGGUCUUCAUUUUGAUUCCCGAUCAGGUUCAGCCGCGGGUCUUCAACGAGCAAUUCUUCCCUGUUCUUAAGAGCACUGCGACGAUAGUCGUAGCAAGUGGUUACAACGUGUUCUUCAACUUGCUCAAGUUCCAACCUGGCCAAGACGUCGUCAUGGUCGCUCCAAGAAUGAUUGGUUCCUCAGUUCGUUCGCUGUACGAGAAAGGCAGAGGCUUCCCGUGCUUCGUCUCAGUUGAGCAGGAUGGCACGGGCAAUGGCUGGCCCGUCGCUUUGGCCCUUUCGCGUGCCAUCGGCGCCACGAAGCAAGGUGCCAUUGCUUCAUCCGUGAGGGAAGAAACGGCCAUGGACCUCAUGGCUGAGCAAGCCCUCUGGCCCAAUAUCAUAAUGAUGUUCCGCGAAGCAUUUAACGUUUUGCAAGAAGCCGGCUGCUCUGAUGAGGCUCUUUGCUACGAAAUGUGGAUGUCGAAGGAACCCGCCGAAAUCUUCGAAAGGGCAGCGGACGACGGUUUUGUGCUACAGCUCAAGCAUCACUCGACUGUUUCCCAGUUCGGUCAGCUAAACGGGGCACUGAAACUCGACGGAACGGCCAUGCGCGAGCAUUUCAGAGACAUCUUGCAUAAUCAGGUGUUGAACGGUAAAUUCUGCACCGCGUUUAGCAAGAUCGAGGAGGACUUGGAGAAGGAAGGGAGCGAGAACCCCCUUAAUGAACUUUACAGGAAAUCGGAGGAGAUGCCUUUGGUGCAAGCUGAGAAGCGUGUGCGGGCAAGGUUGGCGGGUCUGGUGUAACUCUGACUGUAUCAAUAGAAUUACAAGUGUAUGACUAUGUAAACCGAAUGUAAGCACGCAAUCUCGAUCCUGACUCGAAAUUGGCUCGAAGAUUGGAAG